AUGGAGAAUAGGGAUACCGUUCUUCAUUCAUGGGAAAUUCUCGCCCGCAUCUUGGCAUCUCAAGAAGCUAUGGAUAUUGUGUGCGAUAUCGGAAUGCCCGUGAUACACAAGAAUGUCAUCUACAAUUGCCGCCUCAUCAUCUACAAUGGCAAGAUUCUGCUCAUCAGGCCAAAGAUGUGGCUCGCAAACGAUGGUAAUUAUCGCGAAAUGCGCUACUUUACGGCAUGGGCCAAGCAUCGGCAGACCGAGGAACACUACCUGCCACGGAUCGUCCAGCAGGUCACGGGCCAGAUCAAGGUCCCUUUCGGUGAUGCCGUCGUGAGUACGGUAGAUACUUGCAUUGGUGUGGAACUCUGUGAAGAAUUGUUUACACCAGCAAGCCCGCACAUUCUCAUGGGCCUUGACGGUGUCGAGAUCUUUACCAACUCUAGCGGGAGUCACCACGAGCUACGAAAGCUCAACACACGCAUCGACCUCAUCAGAGAGGCGACGCAAAAGGUCGGAGGUGUCUAUCUGUACGCCAACCAGCAGGGUUGUGAUGGUGAUAGGCUCUACUAUGACGGUUGUGCCCUUAUUGCCGUCAAUGGACGUAUCGUCGCCCAGGGCUCUCAGUUUUCUCUGAGAGACGUCGAGGUUGUCACUGCAACCAUUGACAUCGAGGACAUACGCUCCCACCGAGCUGUCAAGAGCCGCAGCAUGCAAGCUGCUCAGGCCGAGCGAUACCAACGCAUCGAAGUCCCCUUUGCGCUGUCAAACGACGAUUUUGGACGGCGUCCAACGACUUUCCAAGAGCCCCGUUUGCACAUACCCGAAGAGGAAAUCGCACUCGGCCCUGCCUGUUGGCUCUGGGAUUAUCUUCGACGUUCUCGCACUCAGGGUUACUUUGUCCCUCUUAGUGGUGGUAUCGACAGCUGCGCCACAGCAACCAUUGUCUAUUCAAUGUGCCGUCUAGUUUCAGAGGCAGCUGCCAAAGGAGACAAGGACGUGAUUUCCGACGCACGGCGAAUCGCGGGCGAGCCCGAGAGCUCCGACUAUAUGCCCCUGGAUCCCAAAGAGUUUUGUGGCAGAAUCUUCCACACGUGCUACAUGGGAACAGCCAAUUCGAGCGCAGAGACCCGCAGCAGGGCCAAGGAUCUCGCAAAAGCCAUCGGGAGCUACCAUGUCGAUCUCAACAUGGACACCGUCGUCACAGCUGUCCAGACGCUUUUCUCUCUGGUCACCAAUAAGACGCCACGCUUUCGCGUCCACGGCGGUUCAUCCGCGGAGAAUCUCGCACUACAAAACAUCCAAGCUCGAUUGCGCAUGGUUCUAGCCUAUUUGUUUGCGCAACUCUUGCCAUGGGCGAGAGGAAGGCAAGGCGGUCUCCUCGUCCUCGGGAGCGCAAAUGUCGACGAGAGGCAACCUGCGGGGAUACCUGACAAAUCUGUGCCUAAAGCCUCGAUUCCAGCGGAUAUCAACCCCAUUGGAGCCAUCUCCAAGACCGAUCUGAAGAAAUUCAUCGCAUGGGCACAGAGUUUCCUCAACGCGACUCCAACAGCAGAGCUCGAGCCAAUCACGGAAAACUAUGUCCAAGCAGAUGAGGCUGACAUGGGAAUGACAUACAACGAACUCUCCAUCUUCGGCCGCCUCCGCAAGGUCGAGAAAUGUGGACCUUUCAGCAUGUUCUCGAAGCUCGUUAAUGAAUGGGGUUCCAUGUUUUCACCGCUACAGAUUGCGGCCAAAGUCAAGCUGUUCUACUUUGAGUAUGCUAGAAACCGGCAUAAGAUGACCACCCUCACCCCAUCCUAUCACGCGGAAUCCUAUAGCCCUGAUGAUAACCGCUUCGAUCUCAGGCCUUUCCUGUAUCCAGCAAGCUUUCCCUAUCAGUUCAAGCGGAUCGAUGAGGCUGCCAACUCGCUUCCCGAUAGGUCCUCUGAGGGCGCCACAGGGCCAAUAUCCAAGUAG